AAACAAAAAAAAAAAACAGAGUGGGGUAAGGCGAAAUGUGUCGGCGUACUAAUUCAUUUCGCGAAGAGGUCGACAUAAGUUUCAGGCGGCAUUUUGUCUGUUGAUUGAGAUACAGGUGCAGCAGAAAAACCUUUGGCCAACUAAAGUUGUUCUGUCCAGUCAAGUUUAAGACUAUCUGAAAAUGACUGGUCGGGCACGUGCGCGAUCACGGGGCAGAGCACGCGGGCAGGAGGUGGCAGCACCUGGAGCAAGCCAGGUUCCGGAGCCUUCACUGGCCGCUGUCCCUCCCGCUGAGGGAGAGUUGGUCGGUAGAGGCAGGCAGAAAGGUACCCCUGGAGCCUAUUCUGCUGAAGCUGUUCUACAGAUUUCAGCAGGAUUUCAGCAGGUGAAGCUGACUGAAAGAGGUGGACGGCGUCGGGAUUUUCAUGAUGUGGGAAUUAACACCAGACAGGCGAUGGAGCAUGUGAGGGACUCAAAGAGCGGAACAUCUGGUGCUCCUGUCCGGUUGACGGCAAACUUCUUCCGCAUUCUGUCCCGCCCUCAGUGGGUUCUGUAUCAGUAUCACGUGGACUUCAAGCCACCAAUGGAGUCUCGACGCCUGAGAUCUGGCCUCCUCUUUCAGCAUGAGCAAGUGUUUGGCCCAGCACAGUUUGAUGGAGCUCAGCUUUUUCUGCCUCACAGAUUACCCAACCAGGAGACUGUGCUCCACAGUGACACCAGGAUGGGAGAGAAGGUUCAAAUAACUGUCACCUUGACGAAUGAACUGCCACCCACAUCACCAGUGUGCAUUCAGUUCUACAACAUCAUUUUCAGAAAGAUCCUGAAAAUGAUCAAGAUGCAGCAGAUUGGACGCAACUACUACAACCCAAAUGAUCCACUAAAUAUACCACAGCAUAAGCUCACCAUCUGGCCAGGCUAUGUUACCACCAUCUUGAACUAUGAGUCAUCCAUCAUGAUGUGCACUGAUGUGAGCCACAAGGUGCUACGCAGUGAGACGGUGCUCGACUUCAUGGUUAGCCUGAGGCAGCAGUGUGGAAGUCAACGCUUUCCUGAGAUCUGUACCAAAGAGCUUGUUGGGCUCAUCAUUCUCACAAAAUACAACAACAAAACCUACAGGAUUGACGAUAUUGCAUGGGAUCACACUCCCAACAACACGUUCAAGAGGGGAGACACGAACAUUUCCUUCAAGAACUACUACAAGACCCAAUAUAGCUUGGACAUUGUUGAUGGAAACCAGGUGCUGCUAAUCAGCCACGUGAAGAAGAUGGGUCCUGCCAGAGGCCCCCCUCCUGGCCCGGCCAUGCUGGUCCCAGAGCUCUGUUACCUCACAGGCUUGACUGACAAGAUGCGAGCAGACUACAACAUAAUGAAAGACUUGGACUUGCACACCAAGCUGAACCCAGAGCAGAGGGAGAAACGUCUCCUGAACUUUAUGGCUAGCAUAGAAAAGAGUGAAGAAGCAGUGGCAGAAUUGGAUAAGUGGGGACUCAGUUUUGACAAGGAACUUGUACGUGUGACUGGCAGAGUCCUUACAGGAGAAAAGUUAAUACAAGGACAAAAAACGUAUGAGUACAACCCUCAGCAGGCUGAAUGGACCAGAGAAAUGCGUGGAUUAUCUCUGACCACCGCUCCUCCGCUGACUAACUGGCUCAUGUUUUACACCCGCCGUAACGGCAACGAAGCACAGGCCCUCCUGCAGAACGUCGGCAAAGUUGCAGGUCCACUGGGAAUCCGCGUUCAGAGAGCUGGCAUGAUUGAGUAUGAAGAUUAUCAGGAGUCUCUCCUCAGGGCCCUUCAGCACAAUGUUGGACCCCAAACACAAAUGGUGGUGGUAAUCCUUCCCAGCAACAGGAAGGACAAGUAUGAUAGUGUCAAGAAGUACCUUUGUGUGGACUGUCCCACUCCGAGCCAGUGUGUGUUGUCCCGUACUCUCAGCAAACCUAAGACAAUCAUGACGGUGACUACCAAGAUUUUACUACAGAUGGCCUGCAAAAUGGGAGGAGAGCUGUGGAGUGUGGAGAUUCCCCUUAAACAGGUGAUGAUUGUGGGCAUUGACUGCUACCAUGAUAGCACUGCUGGGAAGAGGUCCAUCGGGGCUCUAGUGGCCAGUCUCAAUAAUACCAUGAGCAGAUGGUUUUCCAAAUGUGUGCUGCAGCACAAAGGCCAGGAAAUCAUGGAUGGGUUGAAGAUGGCAUUAAGUGGGGCCCUGAAACACUAUCUGAAGUUUAACGGCUGCCUGCCUUCGCGCAUCAUAGUGUACAGAGAUGGUGUGGGCGAUGGCCAGCUUCACAGCGUGGUCAGCUAUGAGGUUUCACAGAUCAUGGAGUCCAUCAAGUCCAUGGGACACGACUACCAGCCCAAGUUGAGUGUGGUGGUGGUGAAGAAGCGCAUCAGCUGCAGGUUUUUUGCUCAAAUGGGUGACAGAGUCAUCAACCCUCCACCAGGCACUGUCAUUGACACAGAGGUCACCCGCCCAGAAUGGUAUGACUUCUACAUUGUGAGCCAAGCUGUGAGAACUGGAAGCGUCUCACCAACCCACUACAACGUUGUGUACGAUACCAGUGGACUGAAGCCGGAUCACAUGCAGCGGCUCACCUACAAGCUGUGCCACAUGUACUACAACUGGCAGGGGAUCAUCAGAGUGCCUGCUCCCUGCCAGUAUGCUCAUAAGCUGGCUUUUCUCGUAGGACAGAGCAUUCACAAGGAGCCCAACGUGGAGCUGGAUGACUACCUCUUCUACCUUUAAAGACAAAUGAUAAGCAGUUAGUAAGGCUCAGACUUUACGUUGCGCAGAGGUGUGGGCGAUUUGCUGUUGCAGAAGUUCGGUUGUGACGAAGGUCAUCUUUGAGGUCAAAUUGCUUUGGUUGGUUAGUGAAGUAGGAUUGUUUUUGUUUGCCUUUUUACAUAAAGUGAUGUAAAACACAGCCAAAAGUUAAAGGCCAAAUGUAAGAAUGUGCUGAAACUUUUUUCAGAAAAGAGUAAAUGGCUGACAGGGCUAGUACUGCGAAGGAGCAAGUACAAGUGUUUUUGCUUUUUAUUUCUACUUGUAACUGAAGUCCCAAUCAGUUGUUUGGUUAGAGAAAAUUAUUUUUAGCCAUUUGUUUUUUAGGGUUUGUUUUUCUCAUGUAUCUUGACCCUUUCUUUAGUAGUUUAUUAUACUAAUGUUUAUUUAUUAUAUAUAAGUGUUAGGCUUGUAGGUUGUUUCUAGUAGCAUUAUCCUGAAUAAAUAAGUUUUUUGUUCCAGGGUUGAUACCAUCAUCCCAGCAA